GAUGCGCAAGUUAGUUUACAUUAUAUUAAUGUUGAUCAAAUAGUGAUUAUAUGCACGUGUGAUAAUUGUGAAAAUAAAUAACAAAAAUGCUUAACUGAAUUAUUGUGUUAUUGUUAUCGUUUUCAAGAGCAGAUUUAUCACGUGCCUGCCGUUGAAGGAAAACAUCACGAGGAAACAUUUGUGUCUAAGGAACAAAAUAUAUCGAGGACAUGUGAAGUCCGCCAACGCGUAUUGGCAGCGUGGCAUCUGAUCUGUAUAGUCUGUACACUAUCCGAAGUGAAAAACAAACGCGACAAUGUUAAGUCUUAUAAGUCCAUUGCGACUAGCUAGUCGGGUGUUCCCGAUAGUGCGAUGGUCCAGGAGUUACGACUUUCGAACGGGUAUCGGGGACCUUAUAGCCGGGAUAACUGUGGCGCUUACGUUGAUACCACAAUCUAUAGCGUACGCUUCGUUGGCUGGCUUUGAACCACAGUACGGAUUAUACGCAUCAUUUGCGGGUGCUUUUGUGUACGCAGUAAUGGGUACAUGUCCUCAAAUAAACAUUGGGCCUACUGCGUUGCUGUCGCUUCUCACUUUUACAUACACCAGCGGAACUAAUCCCGACUUUGCAGUACUUUUGUGUUUUAUAAGCGGCAUUGUCACUUUGGUGGCCGGAAUUGCGCAACUUGGAUUUCUUGUUGAAUUUGUUUCACUGCCUGUUGUUUCUGGUUUUACAUCAGCGGCAGCUAUAACCAUUGCAUCGUCCCAGAUUAAGGGCCUCCUUGGCUUACGAUUCAAUGCGGAAACAUUUAAAUCAACUUGGGAAGGGAUAUUUCAUCAUAUAACAGAUACUCGAAUGCAAGAUACCUUACUUGGUUUAGCGUGUUGUGUUGUGCUUUUGGGAAUGAAGGCUAUGAAAGAUAUUCGUCUUAAAGAUCCACAAGAUGAUAAAGGCCGCCGCAGUGCGAUUAUAAUUCAAAGGACUUUAUGGUUUGCAGGCGUUUCAAGAAAUGCCGUCGUAGUUGUAAUAGCAUCUAUAUUGGCUUUUAUCUUUCAUGAGGACAAAGGCGAGCCUUUGAUACUCACUGGUACUAUAACGCCGGGGUUACCUACACCACAAUUGCCGCCGUUCCACAGUAUUAUUUGAAAUACUACUGUUACUGCAGGGGAAAUGUUCGUACAUCUCGGAUCCGGAUUAAUUGUGGUUCCCUUAGUCGCAAUUAUAUCUAAUGUUGCUAUAGUCAAGGCAUUUUCCAGAGGCAAAACGUUGGACGCAACUCAAGAAAUUGUCGCUUUGGGAGUUUGCAAUAUAAUAGGCGCUUUCUUUCAAUCAUACCCAGUUAACGGUUCGUUCACACGUAGCGCAGUAAGCGACGCAUCAGGUGUAAAAACUCCGGCAGCGGGAUUGUAUACUGGUGUAAUAGUUUUAUUGACCCUGGCGUUACUAACGCCUUACUUCUAUUUUAUACCCCGGGCGGCGCUUUCUGCGGUCAUUAUGUGUGCCGUUCUACAUAUGGUGGAUGUAGCUAUAAUAAAGAAAUUGUGGACUACAAGCAGAUUGGACCUGAUACCUCUUGCGGGAACUUUUAUUUGCUGUCUAGCUUUCGGCGUCGAACUUGGAUUGGCUUGCGGCGUUGCUAUAGAUAUAUUAUUACUUCUCUACUAUCAUUCGCGACCGCCUCUCGAAGUACAGUUUGUUGACGAUGGAACAAUAACACCUCAUUAUGCCAUACGUCCAACUGGCGGGUUACAUUUUGCUGGCGCGGAAAAGUUGAGAGCAAGAUUAAUUGACCUAAGAAAUUCUAAGAAUAUAUCUGUUCGCUCAAACUCUUCCGCUAUAGAAACAACUACAGUUGGUGAUAAUGAUGUGCGAAUCGAUGUACCCGAUGGAAACAUAAAUACGAUGGUUAGACAGACAUCGAACGUUUUAGUGAUACAUUGCGACGCUUUGUGUAGAGUGGAUUAUACUUUCUUACAGAGUAUGAAGAUGUUUGUGUCAGAGUGGUCGCGCAAUGGCUGUGUAGUUUGGUGCGACGUUAAUCCCAGAAUUAAAGAACAACUGAAAAGCGUCGUGCAUGAUCCUAUAUGCUGUGAUCAUGGCCAAUUAUUAUCACUGCUUUCAAGUAUUACCGCGAUAACAACCUCUCAAGCAAAUAAUAACUCUGUUGAUACACAAUUAUGAUAGUUAUUUGUUGCUAAGUUUAAAUAUUUGUGUUUUAUAUAAGUAAAUUUGUACAGAUUAAUCCCUUUCGAUAGUAAUAGAGAAUUCUUGUUGUAUCAUAACAACUAAAACUACACCUACAGUGUUAUAUCGUUUUCUAAGUGUACGUUUCUGUGUGUUUUCCUUAAAAUAAUAAUGUACAUAAAUUGGCAAAAAGAAAGUUAUAAAUUUUGUUAUGAAAAUUGUUCUUUUUAUUGCUUUUUAAAUAACAUAAUAGAUUAUAAAUUUUUUACCGCUGUGGUCUUUGUGUCGAAUGUGUGAAUACAUAAGAGGUGUGAGUAUUAAAAUUGACCAUCUAUGCAAUAUUCAAAUUAAAAAUAUGUUUAGUUAUAACACUAAAUCUACCUCAUUUAGUUGUAUUUUUUUUUAAUUUAUUUUUAAUAAAUAAUAUUUCAUUUGUCUAAAAUUGGUUAAUUUUCGUUUGGCGUGGGUAUGGUUUAGACAAGUGGAUAUGGUUAAGAGGUCUUUGCACAUGCAUUUGGAGUACUACGUCAGGAUGAUAUCUUCGGUCUUCAGAAGCAGAGAAUUUAUUCAAGAACAGCAAAAAGUGUUACUUGCAGUAGAAGAAUAUUAAAGAAAUACAUAAAAAUAAAGAGCAAAAAGUCAUAAGUAAAUUUCUAU